AUGAUUGCGGGAAAGACUCCAGCGGACUGGAGAACAGGAGUUAUUGUACCCGUAUUCAAAAAGGGAGACCACAAGGAAUGCUCCAGUUAUAGGGGCAUUACGUUAUUGAGCCUCCCAGGUAAAGUCUACGCAAAGGUGUUAGAAAGGAAGUGUCGUGAUAUAGUUGACCUCAAGAUCCAAGAAGAGCAGUGUGGCUUCCGGCCCGGUCGAAGCACCUCUGACCAUACAUUUGCCCUGCGCCAGAUUGCUGAGAAAUCGUGGGAGUACGCCCAGCCGUUGUACAUGUGUUUUCUGGACCUAGAGAAAGCGUAUCACCGGAUCCCAUGCAACAGUCUGUGGACAUGCCUUUGUGCAUACGGGAUUGAU